UAAUAAUAAUAAUAAAUAUCGAGUAUAAAUAAGAUUCUUGUUCUGCCCAGAAACUGAGGCACGGCGCUUUGUUCCUCUUUCUGAACUGCGAAAAACAAAGGGUACCCAAAACAAAUCCUUAAAUUAACUACUGGCUCUCUUCUCUGCGCUGCUCCCACCUUUCUUCACGCAUGCCAACCGAGAUCCAUUUUUUUCAUACCAAGUCGUGGCAAAGAGAACCAAAUGUAUCUGUUGAAGUUGAAAUCCCAAGUGGCACUCUUGUGAUAAGAUUUAUCCUCUAUAAGCGAAUUGGAAGCCGCCGGUUUGAUACUCUGGGAGACAUAACUUAUGAUGACCCGGCUGUCCUAGUUAACAAAGGAGUUGUGAUCGAUCCCUCUGAUUUCUUAUCCGAUAGAGGUAUGUAUACGGAGAUGAUAAUGAGUUAAUUUCCAGCAGCAUGCCUGAUGUCCCAGAAGAUGAACACCCUGACAUUGUUGGAAAAACAUUUGAGGCGGUUGAAGGGGCUGUUCUCGGGCUGCCUAUUGAUAUUGUCAUUGUGGAUACCACAAUCCGCUUAUUGGGCUGUGCAAGAACUGUUGAAGAAUAUCACUUGAUUGUUGGCAGGGUUACGAUGGACUUCAUGCAUAUUUCCAAGCGUAUUGCUGCAACUAAAUUAUCCAUUGACGGCUUGGAGAAAGUGGCACUCGAUAGUUUGGAUCUUAGUGUUAGACAAACGCCUUGUAUUAUUUGUAGGGAAGAUCUUGAUCACAUUGAUGUUGUAGAAGGAAGAAUUGUUCAUCCAGUGAUGAUUACUCGCCUGCCCUGCUCUCAUCUGUAUCAUGGAGAUUGCAUUGUUGGGUGGCUGCUGAUGAGCCACUUGUGUCCUUUGUGCCGAUAUCCAAUUCCAGUUGUGAAAGUGCCGUGUGAGUUGCCCAUUUUGGAAGUGACGGCUGAGGGGCCAAUUUUGGAAGGGGUUGGCGAGGGGCCAAUUGGGGAAGUGACUGAUGAACAGCCAAUUGUGGAAGUGGCUGGUGAGCGGCAGACUAUGGAAGGGGCGGGUGAGCUACAGAUAAUUGAAGUGACCAAUGAGUUGCCAGUGGAGGAAGUGGCCAGUGAGGGGCCAAUUGUUGAAGUAACUGAUGAGGGGCCAAUUGUUGAAGUAACUGAUGAGCAGCCAAUUGUGGAAGUGGCCAGUGAGCAUCCAAUUGUGGACGUGGCUGAUGAGCGAUCAAAGACCUCUAGGCAGGUUGAUUGGGCUAUGUUGCUUAAGAUGUCUGCAGGUGGUAUCGUAACUGGUAUGCUUGUGUGCAGAUUAUUGAAGUGGAAUUGAGUAAAAUAUAUAUAUUUUUUUUUUGUAUAUGCUGUGCAUUAGGUAUCACUUGAUUUACUUAAGAACUUGUGUUUUCUUUUUUCUUGUUCUUUUUUUCAGAUUAAGAACUUGAAUAAAAGUAGUUCUACCACAGAAGAAUUUUUUUUUUUUUUUGGUUAUGUACUUUUAUUCAUACAACAGAAGAACCUUGAUUUGGUGCUUGAGAAAGAUGUCU